AUGACUGUAAUUAAAGAAAAAUAUAAGGAAAUUGCAAAUAAAAAAAGACUUGAAAGAGAUUCAAAAUGGAAUUUAGAUUGGUUAAUUCCUGAAUCAAAUUUACCAUCAAGGGAAAUAAAAGAUGUUUUAAAUUUUAUUGAUUCUCAUAGUUUUUUAACACCAUUAGAAAUUGAAAUUACAAAUAGUUCAGCAAUUGAAAUUGUUACCAAUAUUCAAAAACAAAAAUGGAAAAGUUUGCAAGUAACAUUAGCAUUUUGUCAUAGAGCUUCAAUUUCUCAUCAAUUAUGUAAUAAUUUAUCUGAAAUUUUUUUUGAUAAAGCUAUUGAAACAGCUAAAGAAUUAGAUGAUUAUCAAUUGAAAAAUAAUGGUAAAACAAUUGGACCAUUACAUGGAUUACCAGUUUCAUUAAAAGAUAAUUUUAAUGUCAAGGGACAAGCUACAACUUUAGGUAUGGUUAAUUUUUGCUUUAACCCUGAAAAAUUUGAAGAAGAUUCAGUAUUAGUUUCAAUGUUACGAAAUUUAGGUGCUAUACUUUAUGUUAAAACAAAUGUACCAGUUGCAAUGAUGUUACCAGAAACUAAAAAUCAUAUAUGGGGAGUUACAUUAAAUCCAAUGAAUCGAUUGCUUAGUGCAGGAGGUUCAAGUGGAGGAGAAGCUUCAUUAAUUAAAUUAAAAGGUUCUCCAUUAGGUAUUGGAUCAGAUAUUGGUGGUAGUAUAAGAAUUCCUUCGAGUUUUCAAAAUUUAUAUUCUUUAAAACCUUCAUUUGGUAGAUUUCCUACUUUUGGUACAAGAUCAGGUUUACCAGGUUUAGAAAGUGUUAAUAGUGUUAAUGGUCCAAUUGGUAAUAAUUUACAAGAUUUAAAAUUUUUUUGUGAAUCUAUUAUAAAUUCAGAACCUUGGAAUUAUGAUCCAAAAAUUGUUGAAUUACCAUGGAGAAAUAUAAAGUUACCUGAAAAAUUAAAUCUUGCAGUAUUAAUUGAUGAUGGAAUAAUACAACCAACACCACCUAUAAGACGAGGUAUGGAACUAGUUAUUAAUAAAUUGAAAACAGCAGGUCAUGAUAUAAUUGAAUGGGAACCAAUAAAUCAUUAUAGAUUAUCAACAUUAAUAACUGAAUUUUUCACAAGUGAUGGUGGAAAACAUGUAUUAAAUGAAACUUUAGAAGUUAAUGAACCUUUAUUUCCAUAUAUGUCAAAUUAUGGAAAUUCAAAAGAUUUACCAGUUUCAAAAUUAUGGAAAUUACAAAAUGAAAGAACUAUAUUAAUAAAACAAGUAUUAGAUAAUUGGAUUCAAACUUCAAAAAAAACUAAAAAUGGAAAACCUAUUGAUGCAAUUAUAAUGCCAGUAACUCCAUUUGCUGGAAAUCCAAUUGAUAAAUUUUAUAAUUAUGUUGGUUAUACUUCACCUUUUAACCUUUGUGAUUUUUCAACUGGUACUUUUCCUGUAUCAAGAGUUGAUUCGAAUAUUGAUAAAAAGGAUUUAUCAAGAAAUGAAUAUUAUAAUGAUACUGAUUUUAAUAUUUCUCAAGAUUAUGAUCCUAUUGAAAGUCAUGGAGGUGGAGUUAGUUUACAACUUAUUUGUAGAAGAUUUCAAGAAGAAAAAGUAUUAAAAAUUUUAGAAGUUUUAGAAAAAUUAAUAGAUUAUAAAGAUUGA